CUUCCUCUCUGCACAUGUCUACUGGAAUGGGGCCUAGAGGGAAGAGGGAGGGGCCUAGGGAGCCAUGCCGCUAGUCUACGCUAUAUAAAGCAGUAGAACUCUUACACACACACUCACACUCAAAUGAUGCUUCUCUAAUAACUCACAGGGAAAACACUGAGAGACUGAGCUAUUAAUAUUCCAGCAACUCUCAAGCAACUCAAGAGCUACAUCAAGCUAAUCUUCAUCAAGUUCGUCUACAUCUUUCAACACUUCAACUUCAAGGAUGCUGUGCCUGUACGUGUGGUUCCUCCUCAGCCUCUCUGGAGCGGCCCUCUCUAACCUCCAGGAGAAACAGACAGACUUUGGGAUGCGGGUCUUCUCUCAUGUGGCCCAGACCUCCAGGGGCUCUAACUUGGCCUUCUCACCCUACGGCGUGGCCACCAUCCUGGGCAUGGCUCAGCUGGGUGCUGGGGGCAACACCCGGAAGACACUCAACGCCAAAUUGGGCUUCUCUCUACAAGAGCGAGGGAUGUCACGUCAGCAGCGUCUGCUACAGCAGAACCUCUCCAGUGAGGAGGGAGUGGAGCUGGCCAUUGGCAUCAUGGUAGAGAAGAAGAUGGCUCUGGAGAAAAGCUUCAGUAGGGGGCUGGGGAAAGCCUUCCAGGCCUCCCCUCACCAAUUGGACUUCUCCAGGCCAGACCAGGCCCUGGAAUUCAUCAAUGCCUGGGUCUCUGACCACACCGCAGGUACCAUCCCUUCAUUCCUGUCGUCCGGUGCUCUGACCGACGAGACUCGCAUGGUUCUACUGAACGCUCUGCACUUCCAGGGGUUAUGGAAGGUGCCCUUUGACCCCAAGAUGACCGAGGAGAGGCUGUUCCAUUGUGCCAAUGGCAGCUCUGUGCCCGUACCUAUGAUGAGGCUCACACACCGCUUCAACUACGGUGAGUUCGUGACCCCCGACGGAGUGGACUAUGAUGUCAUCGAGGUUCCGUACGAGGGAGAGUCCCUGAGCAUGCUGCUGGUCACCCCCUUCGAGUCCGAGAGGCCAGUGAGCGUGCUCAGUAGCGAGCUGACCACCAGACGCCUGCAACAGUGGAGAGAGGAGCUGAGGAGCGUCAAGCGUCAACUGGCUCUGCCCAAGUUUACCCUGGACACUGAGGUGGAUCUGAAGUCUACACUGACCAGCAUGGGGUUGGGGGACAUGUUCAACCUGGCCAAAGCAGACUUCACUCGCAUCACCACUGACGAAAGGCUGUGUGUGUCCAAGGUUCUGCAGAAAGUCAAGAUUGAGGUGAACGAGAAGGGAACCAAGGGAUCAGCUGCCACAGCUGCCAUUAUGUUCUCUCGUAUGGCUAUAGAGGAGAUCACCCUGGACAGGCCCUUCCUUUUCCUCAUCCAACACAAGUCCACAGGUGCUGUAUUGUUCAUGGGUCAAGUCAACCAACCCUAGCAACACUAACAGACCAAUAUACCAGAGAGGAAGAAGAGAAGCGAGAGGAAUAACGGCCCAAAAUCUGUCUUCUCCAGCGAGGAGUUUUUGUAUGGUGGUCAAUGAGAGUGUCAAAUUUGGUUAACAAAUGAAUGGCUUAUCUUCUACAUGUGGCUUAUUUUAUCUAAUACAUGUUUCUUGAUGCUUAGGUUGUUACAAGUGUAUUGAUAUAAAUAUGUCAGACGACAUCCCGGCAACUUUAUAUCGGAGUUGUGACUGUUUUUCACACGCAUAUCUGCCCUCCCAUUGGCUAGCUAGAAUGGUCCCACCUGAUCUUGCCUCCUCCCGACUGCCUUCCAUUUUUGAAGAGAUUGACCUGAGUAUCUGUUCAAUAUAAUGGAUUAUCUGUGCUGAUAUACAACAACCAUGAACAUUCCUUUCAUUCCAUUGACAGGGACACCUGUCAAUCAACUUGCUACUGAAACUGACCAUAGUUAAAUCUAUGACCUGGACAAUAACUGUAACUUAAAUGAUCCUUAAUCUGUAUAUUACCAAAUUGGCAAAAUGCAUAUAUUUUGAUAAGUGAAAGUUUAUAUAUCUAUUAUUUGCGCUGAUGGGAUAUGUUUUUUUUAUUUGUGAGCAAUGGGUAUGGUUGUUAAUGCCUGAUAUUGAAUGGGUUAUUGAAUGGGUAAGAAAUAUUUUUAUUUUGCUGUUGAAUUUUAUUGUCUGUAAUGCUCUGUUUGUUCCAACAAGUCUUAUUUUUGCAGUAUUUAUAUAUUUAUUAAAAUGAAAACCUUUUUAAAAACCUUA